AUAUCAACGUUCUCUGCUGUGUUUACCACGGAGCACCUCCAACGCCGAGCUUAACUAAGAAUUUCUUCAAUCUUCAACAAGUGUAUUUUGGGAGCAAAUGAGAGGGAGCGUUUGAGCACAAGCGCCACAUGUCGCCACUGUAGACCACCACUUUGGCACCAUGAGAAUAUGCAUCCGGUCGGCAAUCGGAGGCGGACGUAAAUGCUGGCGUACACCUAUAGAUAGAGGUGCUUGCCGCUGUGCGAACUCAGUUGUUGCAGACACAGCGAAGCGUUGGGAUUAAUUUUAAAUUUUUUAGAGCAAACAAAAAAAAAUACGCUGCAUAAAAUAAAAGUGGAACAAGUGUGCAAACAAAUGAACAACAGGACCAGUACAAUUUUUAACCGGUCGUGAAGAAAAAUAUAUGUACAUAUACAUACCUAUGAAUAUAAUUAAAUAAAACGAGUAAUCGCAAAAAAAAAAACGGUGAACUUAAUUACAGAAUUAAAAUAAGUGAGAAAUCUAUAAACGAACUUCAAAGGACUUACCAAGUCCAGCUAGUGGAAAAGUGUACAUAAAUAAACGCAAACCCUUUGAGCGAUUUCUUGUCGGCAAAAUGACGACCAAAAUGGCGAUUAACGCAAAGGAUAUAUUCCGCAAUCAACAUCGACUCAUACGCUUCAUUGAGCAAUCCAUACGUUUGUGCAGUAAUCAGUCAUUAAAAACUUUACAAAAGCAAGCUAAACAGAAAGCAGAACCUGAAUUUGAGAUCACCGCUUCCAUUUCCGCCCAAUAUACCGUUGCCCCUGAACCUAUCAAGCAUGAUAAAGAUGUUGGCCAACAAUUCGCGGCCGCACAAUUAUCUGUGCGUUUGGCAUCGCCGCAGCAGCUGCAACCGAAACCGGACAGCGAUGAGAUGCUAGGCUUUGGCAGAGUAUUCACAGAUCAUAUGUUGAAAAUCUACUAUCAUCGGAGUUUGGGUGGCUGGCAGCGACCUGAAAUUACGCCACUCGAAAAUCUUGUGGUGCAUCCCGCGGCAAAGGUGUUACACUACGCUGUUGAGCUCUUCGAAGGCAUGAAAGCGUAUCGAGGUGUUGAUGGCAAAAUUCGUAUUUUCCGGCCCAACAUGAACAUGAAUCGCAUGAAUGUUGCCGCCAAUCGUUCCGGUCUACCCACAUUCGAAGGUGAAGAAUUCAUCAAAUGUCUUUCCCGCCUCAUAUCAAUCGACUCUGAAUGGGUGCCACAUACCGAAGCUGCCAGUUUAUAUAUCCGCCCCACACUGAUCGGUAUCGAUCCGAUGCUUGGUGUCGCCUCCUCAGAUUCUGCCCUGCUCUACACAAUCCUCAGCCCCGUGGGUAGUUACUUCAAAGCCGAUAACGAUGGUGCAGUCUCACUGCUCGCGGAUCCACGCUACACAAGAGCGUGGCCCGGUGGCGUGGGUAAUCGUAAAAUGGGCUCCAAUUACGCACCUACCAUCUAUGUACAAAAAGAGGCUGCCCAAAAGGGACUCCAACAAGUAUUGUGGUUGUAUGGCGAAGAUCAUCAACUAACCGAAGUUGGUACAAUGAACAUAUUCAUGUUCUACGCCAAUGAAAAAGGAGAAAAAAUACUAGUCACACCUCCACUCAAUGGUCUAAUCCUGCCCGGUAUUACCAGAGACUCGAUCCUAGCGCUAGCCAAACAAUGGGGCAAAUUUGAAGCACGCGAGGAAGUGAUUACCAUGUCACAAGUCUGCGAGCUGCUUAAUCAAGGAAGACUAUUGGAAAUGUUUGGCACUGGUACCGCCUGUGUUGUUAGCCCCAUCAACCGAAUUAACUACAUGGGUACGGAUUUGUACAUUCCCACUAUGGAACAGGAGAAACCCAUUCAUGAAACGAUACGUAACACACUAACGGGCAUUCAGUAUGGCAAAAUAGAGCAUCCGUGGGCGGUGACCAUAGAAUAACUAAGUAUGCAUACGGGCGCAUGGCAAAUACAGUGCAGCACCACCAUAAUUUUUCAACUGAAGUUGAGAGAUUCUUGGCAAAGGAAUCUGUAUUAAUAGUUUUUUAUUUUUUUUUUUUUUUGUUUUGGUCAUGACUACAUAUGACUACUUACUAAUUACUUAUGAAGCUUAUGGUAUGGACUUUGUAAUGGUUACUAUGUAUUCUACUUGGGAUAUGGAAAACUCGAAUUUGAAAAAGUUUUCUAACCAAAUAUUGUAUUUGUGUUUAGGACUUUUCGCACACCAGAGCCAAAUGCUCUUAAGUACUAUGUAUGUUAAGGUGGUUCUUAAAAUAUCAACAUCUAAAUUUUGCUCUAGAUAGAAAUUGAAGACAUCCACGAAAAUAUUGAACAUAGAAGCAAAUAAAGGGGUGACCCAUAAUUCUGAUAUAUCAAGGACCACCCUUAUGUAUGUGCCUUAAAAAGUAUGGUAAUGGUGUGAAAUUUGACUAUAAUUUUAAGCAUUUAUAAGAUAGAAAAUAACGAUGGUAAAACAUGCAUAGGAAAAAGUCCUUUAAUAAUUUAAAGACUUAAUAAUAUUUACAUAUUUUCUACUAUAUACAUUUGUAUAAGAUUUAAAAAUAUUUAUUUUCCGUUUUUAGUUAAGGUAGUUUUAGUUAAGCUUACCAAUCUAGUAAAAUUAAAAUAUAUGCCACAAAUCGAUAGUGAUUGCUGAAGAAAAAGUUUCAGAAAAUUGUAAAAGUCUUCCAACAAUAUGUUUUCUAAAACAUGCGUGAUGAAGUGUAAUUAUUUCACAAAUAUUAAAAAAUGUGCAAUUAAUAAUACAAAAAACUAAAAUUUUAGUUUUGUUUGCAACACUGUCUGACGCUCCUUAUCAAUGGAAGAUAUAAACAAAUGGCGAAGGUAUCGAAUAUAUAAGUAGUUAAAAAUUUAACUAAAUUAUUGGAUAAAAAAAGCUAAGUACCAGAGUCAAGUGCAUUUAUUAGUUUAGACAUUAUUGACCUGACGGCCUUUAUAUCAUAUUUUGUUUCGAAAUUCAAAAUUGAGGUUUUCUUUCGAAAGCAUUGUAAAUGAGGUAGGGUGAUCCUUAAAAUAUCAACAUCUAAACUUCGUAUGGGGCACGCCUUGAUAUUUUGUUCUACGUACAAAAUCCACCAACAUUUCCAAAUUUUAAACAAAUGUUUAAAGGUCGCCUCCAGAGUUUGAGGAAAUUUAAUUUGUUUUGUUUUUGAAAUCGCAAAAAUUUGUCAAAAUUUUUACUUUUAAUUUUUAUUCAUAUAAAUCCAUAAACUUGCUGAGCUAAUAGUUAAAAUGUUGUCCAAUUUUUGCGAUUUAGAAAAAAAUCAAUUUUUUCAAACCCUUUUAGCGACCCCUAACAUAUUUUUUAAAUACUGAAAUUUCCUUGGAUCUUUUUAGAACUGCAUAACGGGGUGCCCCUGAUGCUGAUAAUUUAGGGACCACCUUAGUAUACAAGUAAUUUAAUGAAUAAUUUUAAAAUGAAAACAAAAAAUUGUUAUGUAAAACGUCUCCCUACAAGGCUUCCAAAAGCUGUGAAUUUUUUAGCAGAAUUUAAAUCAAAUACAUAUGUAUGUACAUAUUUUUAAAAGAACUUAUGUAUCCCUAUUUUAAAGUGCAUGCAAUAAAUUUAUGCUUGUGCUUUAAAAAAAAAGUACUUUGAAAUAAAAAAAGAUUGGAUUUUUUUAAAUUUGAA